AGCGGUGCAGAAAUGCCUGGUCAGAAGCCACAGAGCCGCAGACCGCAGCUGCAGUCAGCAUCCAAGCAUGGCCAACAUUGGUGGCCUGGACUACGACGAGAAGCUGCCCGCCAUCGGCGGCGUGACCAGCAGCACAGCGUUGGCUAUUCGAAACUCGACCAUCAUAGCGCAUCGCUUGUCCAUCUACUUGCCGCAGCUGCUGCUGCCCACGCGCGAUCCGCAAAAGCUCAUCAUGGAAAUCAAUUGUUAUGUGGCCCAAUUUCGUGAGCUACUCAUCUUUAUAGGUCAAUCACGGGACUCCCCGGAGCUGCGCGACAAAAUUCGACGCUUGCGCCGCAGCUGCGUGGAUGCGUGCAAGCACACGGCACAUCUGAUCACGCCGCAGCCCAAACACUGUCGGGGCAAUGCGAGCGGAAACUUGAAUCUGUCGCUGCUCUAUCAGCUGACGCAGCAAUUCCGCCACGAGCUGCUCAGGAGUCAUCGCCUCAUACAGCUGGUGCCAUAUGAUAUGACGGAUUACUAUGCACCCGCUCGUACGGCGCCCUCGAAUCUGGGCAACGUCAUCAGCCAGAUCCUGUUGUGCAAGCAAAUCAAUCCGGACUUCCAGCAGGAGGAGCUGUGCAGCAUCAGCAAGGAUGCCCAGGAAUUGAACGAGCUGCUCGACGAGCUGAAGCCGCAUCUGCCCAGUCCAGAGACAGGAAACGAAGCAGACCUGUACGAGCAACUGCCACACAGCUCCGCAGCAGCAGCUGAUGUGAACCUGGCCUUCCUCAAUUCACCGCCCGCCUGGUAUAAACAGCAGCGACGCCGCAGCUGCCGCACUCGCAGUCGCAGCCUCUGUCUCUGCUGCUGCCUGAAGUCAUCCCAGGUGAAUUCGUUUUGAGACAAAAUACGAAAAAAACAGGUAAGCGAAAGUUGUGCCUUGUAUUUGACUGCCCGAUACCCUAGAUAUAUGCAGGAAUUACCCAUAGCCUAUUGAUUUCCCGUUACAUGUGGCGCCUGUCAUCAGACCUCUUCAAAACUAAAUCCAUAUUGUAAAUUAGCUUAGCUUAGUCUUAACUUAUCUCGCAGGAAAUUUCAAAUAAAACGAGAAAUUCUAAUUGA